AUGCUCUGGGACAGCCAGAAUAGAGCUCAGAUGCUGCCAUUAAAGGGCCAUGUAGCAGACGUCACCAGUGCCCGAUUCUUCCCAAGCUCGCAGGUUGUACUCACAGGCUCACUGGACUUUACACUGAGGAUUUGGAGCGUCAAUGGACGUUGUGCUGCUGUUAUGAAGGGGCAUCUUGGAGGGAUUGAGGACGUCGCGAUCGUUGGUAGAGGCAGAAAUGUGCUGUCGUGCGGAACUGACGGGUUAAUUCAGCUGUGGAGCUGCGGGACACAGGACGUCAUUGCCAAGUGGGCGAAUGAUGACCAGAGUCCAGUGCACUGCCUAUCAAUCAUGGAUGGCACUGCCCAGCUACUGGUGGAGGGCGAUUACCAGCCAACUACGAGCGAGAAUGAAGCUGAGACGGAUGGAAAGGUGCUCUUUGCAGGGCUUGACAAUGGAGAGACGCUUGGAGUGGAUAUCCGUGCUCGAGGAGCGGUGCUAAACCUCGAGGGUUUUGCUGGUUCUAUCAUAUCGUGUGCUGCUACGACUGUAACAGCGUCGCUGCCGAUGCUAUUUACCGGGAGUGAAGAUGGUUUACUGACUGUCUGGGAUCUACGGCACACGAGUGCUCCUUUGCACGCUUUAUCGCGGAGUUCUUCUCCAAUUUAUAGCAUUGCAGUAGCAGCUCCAUCAGCUGAUAGCCCAGCGUCUACUUGCAGCGUUUGGACUGCCCAUGGUGACGGCGCAUGCAGCAACUGGAGCAGUCUCGGUGAAAAACCCCACGUAGCCACAGAACUCACCGGUCCACAGUACGACGCUGUGCGUGGAAUCGCCAUUGGGGACCAAACUGGUCGCGUGUUCAGUGCGUGUCGUGACGGGCGUUUGCGUGAGUACAUCCCGCAUAUCGUCACGUGAAGUGAGCCAGCAAUUACAUUUUUGAGUUCUGGUUUGGUCUAUUAAUUGAAAGCGAGCGAGAACAAGAACUGCUGCUAGUGUUCCGAACUGCGGCCUAAUGUUACAAAAGUGUCCCG